UGUUUUCGGAUGAAGCCUCCGGACACAUGCACAGCGAUCAAGAUGGGGGUGCCCAUGUAAACUACAAGCUCGAGGGUUGAAAAUUAGCGUCGAUCCACCUGCUGGAGGAGGCAGGUAGAUCGACAGGUCGCUGGGGUCUGGAGAGGCAAAGAAGACGGCGCAAACAGUGGACCCCAAACAGAGAGCUCCCGGUGCAGCAGACUUCAGGAAGCCUGUUGACGAAGGCGUAAUGGGAUCGAGGGAUGGACUUUAUCUUUUGCGAAAAGUCAAAAAGUCCAAAAGGGCAGUGUCGACUCCAGCCAUCUCCAGUGCCGAUUAGCUUCACCUUCCAUCGCUAGCUAGAAAGGUGCCGUCUUUUUGGUACUGAUCGUAAGGGCAGGUAGCUUAAUCCUCCCUUGCAGCGAAGAAAAUGCCUGCAGAUACGUGAUUAGUGACCACAAUAAACAUGUCGGGGAGACUAUGAAUUUGGCCUCCAGUCCUUCAUAACGGAAGUGCCCACUGCUCGUUCUUCACAGAAGAGCGUCCCAUUUGAGGAGUUUGAGUGUUGCAGAUCUUGUUUUGAAGCACCUUGUUGGCGGGAGGGGAGGUAAGGGGAGGGGAGGUGAGUCGAUUGCAAUCAUGGCCUCGACACUGAUGCGACGCAUGCUGAGGUCGCCCUCCUCCACCUUGAGGACCUCCCAUGCUGUCGGAGUGUAUGUCGUUCGACAGAUUGCUAGUGCUCCCAGUGCUGGCACUGGAAAAUGGCGAGAGGAGAAAGACACCAUGGGCGUCAUCAAGGUUCCUCAAGACAGAUACUGGGGGGCUCAAACUCAGAGGUCUUUGCAGAAUUUCGAGAUCGGUGGUCAUCAACAUCGAAUGCCCGAACAACUCAUUCGUGCGUAUGGUGUAUUGAAGAAAUGUUGCGCGAAGGUGAACAUGGAAUAUGGACUGGAUCCUACCAAGGCCAAGGCUAUUAUGCAAGCUGCCCAGGAAGUAGCAGAAGGGAAGCUGGACGAUCAUUUCCCUCUCGUUGUGUGGCAAACCGGAAGCGGUACUCAGACUAACAUGAAUGUUAAUGAGGUGAUAGCCAACCGGGCUGGUGAGAUUCUUGGACACCCACCUGGCUCGAAAGCUGUUCAUCCAAAUGACCACGUCAAUAUGGGGCAAUCUUCCAACGAUUCAUUCCCAACAGCUAUGCAUGUGGCCGCCAUGCUUGAAGCUCAUUCGAAGCUGGUCCCCAAGCUGAGUGGACUUCAAAAGGCUCUGGAGGAGAAGUCCAAAGAGUUUUGGGACAUCGUCAAGAUUGGUCGAACUCAUACGAUGGAUGCUGUACCCUUACGUCUUGGGGACGUAUUUAGUGCCUACGCCACACAAGUGAAGUAUGGAUGUGAGCGUAUUGAAGCCAGCUAUGAUCUGCUUUUACAGCUGGCGCAGGGAGGUACAGCAGUCGGAAGCGGCCUCAACUCAAAGAAAGGAUUUGAUGUGAAGCUUGCUGCGGAGCUGGCAUCUGAGACCGGUCUUCAGUUUAAACCUGCACCCAACAAGUUCGAAGCUCUGGCAGCAAAUGAUGCCUACGUCUUCACAAGUGGAGCUUUGAACACUGUUGCCGUGUCAUUGAUGAAGAUAGCUAAUGACAUCAGGAUGCUCGGAAGUGGACCUCGUUGUGGGCUUGGAGAACUAGAGCUGCCGUCGAAUGAGCCUGGAAGCAGCAUUAUGCCUGGCAAGGUGAACCCCACCCAAUGUGAAGCUAUGACCAUGGUCUGCUGUCAGGUGAUGGGCAACCACGUAGCUAUUACUGUUGGCGGUUCUCAAGGCCAUUUUGAGCUAAAUGUGUACAAACCACUUAUGGCCAACGCAUUGCUGAUGUCCAUGAGGUUGCUUGGUGAUGCGUCUGAGUCAUUCAGAAAGAAUUGCGUCGUAGGACUCAAAGCCAACGAAGGGAAAAUUGCUGAGUACCUGCAAAAGUCACUCAUGCUCGUCACAGCGUUGAAUCCUGUCAUCGGUUAUGACAAGGCAGCUGCCGUGGCAAAGAAAGCCCACAAAGAGGAAACAACCCUCAAGGCUGCAGCUAUAGAGCUUGGGUAUUUGACCGAGGCACAGUUUGAUGAGGCUGUCGAUCCAUUGAAAAUGCUGGGGCCGAAGUAGAAGACUCCAGCGUACUGCUGGAUAGCACUUGAACCUACUUCCGGUCUGGCUAAUUUUGACCUACUCGAGGACUGGUCAUAACGGAUUCACGAGAAGAACACUCUCGCUCAAGGUCGUCGUCUUCUACUUACAUUGGUUUCACGCCCGACAUAAUCUUGACGUGUAUGGAGGAUAUUGCCAGUCCUUUGCUACUUCCUGCGUACAGCGGGGACUUACAAGACCAGAUGGCAGAUUUGACACCGAUGAGAGCAUCCUUAUAGGGCACGGAGACGAGGGAAACCAACGGAAGCAAGUGGUCAUUAUUAUGUCGUACUGACUGGUAUAUGUCUGAGGACAUCUGGUUUGUGAAUAGACGGAGCCUAGAUCACUCUCACAGCACGGCCACAGCGUGGACCAUCCAUUGAGCUUUCUUUUGGCUCAUGAUGAAGCUUCAUCCAUUUGUGGGAGUAAUAUUUGACUACUUCAAUUCCCACAUAAUUUAGGAAUUAGACAAUUUUGAAUAAGUAAAGUUGUAAACCAUGAAAUUCUCACGUUUUCAUUGUUUAAGCCUAAUUCGUUGUUCGCGCAAG